UCUCUCUCUCACACACACACACACACACACUCUCUCUCUCUCUCUCUCUCACACACACACACACUCUCUCUCUCUCACUCACUCUCUCACACACACACGGUUCUGCUGUGGUUAAUCAGAGUGUCCCUGACGGAUGAAGGAAUCAUGUCUCACAUCAGUGAUUCAGAGAAAAGUGAUGGAAAGAGGAGUGAAGAGACCGGCGGUGAUGGACGUGAACUCAGACUCGUGCUCAUCGGUCGGACAGGCUCGGGAAAGAGCGCUACAGGAAACACCAUCCUUGGACGAGGUCAUUUCCUGUCUGGGCUGAGCGCGAGCUCGGUGACGCAGGUGUGUGAGCAGGGAGGUGCCGAGCUGCCUGACGAUGAGGCGGAGACACACAGGAAGGUGCUGGUGGUGGACAUGCCAGGAUUCGGAGACACUCGAGCGGAUCCCGGUGUGGUUCACACAGAGAUGGCCAAGUGUGUGGCACUGAGCGCUCCCGGUCCUCACGCCUUCCUCCUGGUCAUUCAGCUGGGACGCUACACAGACGACGAGGAUCGAGCCGCUCGGGAGACACUGCGCCUGUUCGGGGAGUCUGCUCUGCGGCGCCACACGGUGGUGGUAUUUACCCGCGGGGACGAUCUGGAAGAAUGCGGUGGUGAUUUAGAGCUGUUUCUGCGUCAGAACGUGCCAGAAGCUUUGAGAUCUUUACUGGAAAUUUGUGGAAGAAGAUACCAUGUCCUGAACAACAAGAACCUGAAGAAUAGGGAGCAGGUGAAGGAGCUGCUCAGAAAAGUGGAGAAAAUGGUGGAGGAGAACGGGGGGCAGUACUACACCAGCGCAAUGUUCCAGGAGGCGGAGCUUGCUAUCCGUGAGGAAGAAGAGAGGCUGAUGUUGAGCCAGGGGGCAGCAGACACAGAGGGGGCCUUGGUGUUGUCCAAGAGGAGGAGGACGGAUUGUGAGGAGAGAGCAGAGGAGAUGUGGGUGAAGGAGAGAUCAGUAGAGAAGUGGUGGUUGCUGAAGGAAGGAUGGCAGAAAUGGAGAGAUAGAGAGAGGGGAAGAGGAAGGAGUGGGUUAAAGUCUCUCCGCACUAAAGCGGCACUCUCUCCGAAGGUUCUACAGAGGGUAAAGGUGUUAGUGGCAGCUGGAGCUACAGGAUUUGCAGUGGGGGCAGUUUGCGGUGCUGUUGCCCCUUUAGCUUUGGCAGCAGGAGCCUCUGUCGUGAGUAGUUCGGUGGCUAUCACGGCAGGUGUGGCAGGAAAAACAGCUGUAGCUGUAGGGGCAGCAAUGGGAGGUGUGGUGGGUGGAGCCAAUGGGGUAUUAGUUGGAGCAGAGGCAGCAGCACCUGGGGAGGCAGCGUUAGACACUCUGGAGCAGGUAGGUCUGGUGGGGGUCACAGUGGUAGCUGGGGCUGCAGUGGUGGGUGGAGCAUUGGGUGUGGGUGCAGGACUUGUGGGAGCAGGGAUGGAGGGUGGUGCCGCGAUAGCCGGAGCCGAAACGGUUGGGAUAGCUAAUGCCGCAGCCGCACCACAGGCACUAGGGGGUGCUGUAGUGGAAGGUGCAGCAACGGGCAACGGUCUGACCGCUGCAGCGGGAACCAGCGGGUGCCUUUUAACCGCAGUGACAGAGCUCGGGAGAGUCGCGGCUGGAGUUGUGCUGGCUGGAGGACUGGUAGUGAAAGUGGUGAAGGAGAAAACUCGCUCGGCAACUGGAUGCACAGACAGGAAGUCAUAUGAGAUCAGCUGGAAUAAAUGAGUGAUGCACUGUAAUGAUUCUGUAGCUGUGCUAGGCUAAGCUUUCUGUAGUCUCAUCACCAGUGGCUCUCUGCUCUUAUACACUUUUUUACAGUUUGGCUAGACAGGAUGCACCGUUAGCAUAGCGACGAGCACAAGCUAGUAAAUAUUCACAGGCUGAAUGUUGCCUAUGUGUCACAGUCCUGCCUGAUGAACUUUAUUAAAGUAACUUCUCCAAGGAAGACAGACAUGAUGAUCCCUCAGAAGAAACUUUAUUUAGCAGCUGAUCUUAACCUUCAGAAGCCUUGAGAUGAAUCUGUGAGAAUGAACUCUCUCUCCAGAAGUGCUGGAAGUGAACAUGUGCUGCUCAUGAGACCAGUGUCCAUCACUCCAUAGCUAUUCCAGCAUUUCAGCACAUCAUCAGCACUGUUUCUGUAAUUCUGGUGAAGAUUAUACACAUCAAGACUCAGACAUAUUUAACAAUUACAGUUUGUUUCUCAUUAUUUGAUCCAUGAAAUUGUAUGAAAUCUGAUUUGAAAUGUGACUUUGUUUAAAUGACCUGCUCUUACUCAUGUGCCUUUCAAUAAAGCAGCAGAAUGAAGCCUA